UUCAUGUUUUAUUGUUUUACAACAUUGAAUCACAGUGGAUUUAAUUUGUUUUUCUUUUGACACUGAUCAACAGUGAAAAGACUCUUUCAUGUCUAAGUGAGAAGAGAUCUCUACAGUGAUCUAAAUUAAUUAUAAGUAUAAAACACAAAGUAAUUGAUUGCAUAAGUAUUCACCCUCCUUAUUAUGACACACCAAAUCAUCACCGGUGCAGACAAUUGGUUUUGGAAUUCACACAAUUAGUUAAAUGGAGAUCUGUGUACAGUCAGGGUGUUUCAAUUGAUUGUAGUAAAAUACACCUGUAUCCAGAAGGUCUAACUGUUGGUGAGUCAGAGUUCUGGCAAAAACUACACCAUGAAGACAACAGAACAUUCCAAGCAUCUCUGCGGAAAAGUUUAUUGAAAAGCACGAGUCAGGAGAUGGAUGCAAGAAAAUUUCCAAGUCACUGAAUAUUCCUUGGAGUACAGUUAAGGCAAUCAUCAAGAAAUCAAAAGAAUAUGGCACAGCUGUAAAUCUGCCCAGACAGCCUAUCCUCAAAAACUGAGUGACUGUGCAAGAAGGAGAUUAGUGAGGGAGGCCACCAAGAGACCUAUGAAAAUUCUAGAAGAGUUACAAACUUCUUUGGCUGAGAUGGGAGAGACUGUGCAUACAACAACUGUUGCCCAGGUGCUUCAUCAGCUUUAUGGGAGAGUGGCAAAGAGAAAGCCAUUAUAGGCACUGUAUAUCACCAACUUGGGUAAAAGAAUUUUACUGUACUGGUGCUGUUCAGCUGGAAAAUUAAUAUGAUACAUUGGAGCAGGAAGUUAUAAAGUAUAUAUGCAAAUUUUGUGAGUGAGUAGAUGUAUUUUAAUAUGGGGGAGUUUGCUGUCAUGUACUCUGAAUCAGAGAAAGAAUAAAUGGAACACCUUUUUAUUGGUAAAUGAUUAGUGAUCAUGUAAAGAAAAUUGGAUUUCCAAAUAUUUAAGUCACUAGGAAGGCUAAUGCAUAGUCUAAAAAAAAUCCAAAAAGAUAAUACAACAUUGAACUUUAUCAUAAGGGGUGAAUGGAAAAAAAAUGGAGGGAUUUUGUUUCUGUUCUACUGUGCCAUGAUAAAGCCUUAUUUGGAGCAUUGUGUUUUCUUUGGUCUCAGUCUUUGCUAUUUCCUUGCUUAUUAUUUGUCUGGCAUCAAUUAGUCCAUGUUCAUGGUUAAGUAAAGAUUUUGAUUUUGUUUCAUCAAAAUUCUUUAAACACUGAAAUAAUCACUAGCAUCCUCUUCUCUGUCUGACAUCUUUUUCACUUUUGGUCUCUGUGCAUGAUCUAAAAGCAAAGGGGGUUCCCAUGGCUACUGACCAUGAUGUAGAUAAUCACUGUCCCUACUUAGUUGUUAGAAAUUUUCACGAACAAGUUUGAGUGCAGUGUUGGUCUUAUAAUGCCUUGAGAUGGACUCAGGGUGGAGCAUCUUCUUAACAGAAUUUUUCCCCAUCACCAUGUCUUGAUUUUCUUUAAUUUGGAAAAAGUAGAGACAACACUGAAGAAGGAUUGGGUAGAAAUUGAGCACACUGUUGGAUCACACACUGAGCUCAGUGGUUUUAAUGUCAGAUUCAAUAUUCAGGUUAGCCUACUAAGCUUUAAUUUUGAAAUUUCUGCCUCUUCUUACUCUCACUCCUAGUCAUGUAGAUGCUGGAUAAAAAAAAACCCUUCCUUUACUUAUCUGCUUCAGUGUUGUGCAACUUCUUGUUUGUGUGGAUUUCUGUUGCAAUCACUUCCUUGUCAUUGUUAUAGCUAAUGGUUUUUCUUGAUUGCCAGUUAUGGAUUUUGAAUUUUAUACUCUGACAAGACUCAAACAGAAAUAGUUUUGUAAUUUUGUUCUUCUUCAUUAAGUGGACCAUGAAUUGACAAAUGCCCUGAUAUGAUAUGUAAAUAUAUUGCCAAAUUUCUACCAAGAGGAAUACUUCCUUGCACUCUGUAUGGCUUUAUCUAAAUAUUUCCACAUUUGCCUCCACUUCUUACAGCUCCAUUCUUUCAAUGUAUGAAUUGAAGGAUUCCUGCAUUUGGGAUGGGUCUGAUAUUUCAUGCUGUCUUCCACUUUGAUAAGCUACUAGGUGUGUCACUAUGUCUGCACUGAUCAACAAAAAAUGUAAAAGUUAUUGGAUACAGAUAUAUUUGAUCUGAGGUUCUUCAGAAGUUGAGAAUGAGGCAUAAAAACCUGUUGCUUACAAUUAUUUAUUAAGCACUGAAAGAGCAAAGGGAUCAGAAAAGGAAUGCAGCAAAAGCUGAGCCUAGUAGCGAGGGAAAGCAAAAGGUGAAAAGAGACUGAUGCAAUGUUGUCUGGUUUUCUUAUAGCAAUUUGUUAACAGCAAUAAAUCUCAUUCAAAUUCUGUUGCUUGAAGCAACCAAUAAGAUAGCCCCCGUUCAAAUAACAUGAUGCCUGCAACUGCAGCCAAGGUGUUAAAAAGCAACUGGAACCACUUGUAAACACAUGGAACCAUUGCAUAUACAUAGAUAAACAUAUAAAAUUACAAAACUGCAUAAGAAAGUAAAAUUACUAGGAAAUUAACAAUGCUGUAGUCUAACUCAACAUUCACUCCUUUGAUUCUAAAUUACUUAUUUGGAAACAUUACACCUGAAAAUCCGCUGGCAAACUCGUGUGGUACCUUCGUUAAGAUUAUAAUAAUCAAAAAAUUCAUCGACAUUAUGGAAAUAUCCAUGAUUAUGUGAUUGUUAGGUAGAUCGUUUUUGUAAGUGGGCACACCCACGUGAGUUUGAACUGCUCUAUUAUUGAUUGCCCUUAAAAGAGUAAAACACAUAAAUCAAUGAUAGGGUAUAUCAGGACAUAGUAUUUUGACACAAUAUAUUAUUGUAACAGAUAAUAUUGAGUAAUCCCAGCUCCAUAGACUUAAUGAAUUCAGUCAAAGAAAUCCCAUUAAUCAGACUGAUGGACUUCAGUUGUUUCUUCAUGAAUAUGAUCAGUCAAAUCAGUUAUGUCUUCAGACUUGUAUUUAGACAACACUAUUUGCCUAUAACUGCACUAGUUCUUCUCUGUAAUUGCUAAGAGAAGAUCUAAUGCCAUUAGACUUUGAAGAACCAUCUUAUGCAUGGUGACUAUUUCGAAGUGUGUGACAUACCCAACAGCUAGAAGCAUUAACAGCAUCAGCAAAUUCAUGUGACACCUGCAAGUAUACUGUACAUUAUAAUUCAUCACAAUUGGCACAUUGUGAGUAGGGAAAAUUGACAGAAAUAUAGCAACAGCAAAUAAUAUUAGAAUAAUUUCCGUAAAGUCCAGUUCAAAGUCUCUGACUGCACUUGCUUUCCUUGCUGGAACAGCUUCCACCUGUCUCGAAAACCUGUCCACUAUUACCAAUUAGUAUUACCUGCAUAUCCUUGACAAAGAAAUGUAGUCCAUUUGUAAGUGUAAAAAUGGACAAGGUGGGGCAGUUGCACUUAAUUGUGGAAGCUCUUCCAUUGCUCCAGGAUUUGUUUUCUGAAAUGUCAUGCAUCUUUCAAAUUGAUUUUUGAGCUUGUGCCUUGAAUUUUGGAUUCCACUACUACUGGGAGAAUCUGCAGCUCAUCUUUUGCACUGCAGUAUGUCCUAGAGAGUGUAUCUGCUGUGCCAGAUAAGGAAGCAAUGUAGUUGGAAUUAUUAGUCUAUGACGAGUGCCAUAUCUCCAUGCUUCAUCACUGCUUAACCUCCUGCCAUUCUCCAUCCAGAAGCGCUUUUCCUAGUUAGAACAUAAAGCUUGUAUCUCUUGAAUAUUUUUUAUGUUCAUCUGUGAUACAGAGUUCAACUAUAUUUACAUAAUUUCGGUCUUUGGGUUCACUGUUUACGUUCCCAGUACUUCUUUUAAUUCUUUGAUCUUUUUUACUUGUUUUAUUUCUUUUAUCCUUUCCUACAAUAUUUUGCAAUUUCAUCUGAGAAUGAAUUUUCAUGGCCUUCCGUUGUAGUCCUUUUGGUUUGGCUUUUACAUUUCAACACAGUAAUUUCUGGCAGCAACUGUACGGCAUUUGUGAGUUCUCAUACUAGUUGGCCAUUCUUGAUUGUGGUUCUUAGAAACAUAAGAAAUCCCCUUUGCCUCCAUAUGUUUCCAAAGGCAUGAACAACUCCAAAAGCUUAUCAAGAACCAGUGUAAGUAUUUGCUGAUCUUCCUUCUGAUUGGCUUCAAUCAGUUCUGCACAGAGGUACCAGGAGCCGUGCUUCCUGAUGCUUCACUUCAGUUUCAGAAAGCCCGGCCCAGCCGGCCCAUUGAGGAGCCAUUGGUAUGCAGAUUUGGGUUCAAUAAAGUGUUUCCUUAUAAUUAUUUGCUUUUUCAUGGCAUAUUAUCAAUUUUGCAGAGUCAUGGUCAUUGGUCUUUGUAGUCUAAUAAGAAUUCAGCAUAUUCAUUUCUAAUUGGUAGUUAACAUGUAAGACAUCCAGUUUUUGCUUAUCAGGGCAAGCAGGGGCUGCAGGCAAGGGCUUAGUACACCCAUUAUAUCCAAUGUAUUAGGACAAUACACCCAUUAUAUCCAACAUUGCUUGUCGAAAUCAUAUUAUCAGAUCGGGAUCUCCAGACUUUUGCAAGGCAGGGGAUUGAACUUGCUGUUGAGCAUGUUCCUGUUGUUUCCUACACUGACAACUUCUGGCCCAAUGUCCUCUCUUACUACACAGGUGCCAUUUUGUUUUCUGGGAUUGGCCUUGGAGGUGUGGCUCAGACUGAGAUUGCUGCAGUACACACGAUGAAUCCCAGUCCUGCUUUUUCUGUUGGUUAAUGGGUAUUGGCUGUUGACUAGCAAAACUGGCUGUUGAUCAACAGGUAACUGAGUCACCUGAACUAAUCCUACUUGGAUUUCGAUAUCCCAUUCCACUUUUCUAGUGGCUUGCACUAGCUCAGCUUUGGAGCACCAACUUCACUCCAAUUCAGUUUUGUAAGCUUCACCGUGUUUGCAAUAUUUCCUUUCAAGCCACCAAUAAAAGUUGAUUUCAAGGGAUCAUAUUUAGAGUCCUCUAUGUUAUCUUCAUUUAUUCCUGGAACUCAAGAUUCAAGAUUGGACUGUUUGUCAUUUCCAGUACACAAGUGUAAAGGAAAAUGAAAUAAUUGUUACUCUGGCUUCAAUGCAGUACAAAAAAAGCAUAAUAAGAUAAAGGACACAAUAAUAAUAAAAAUAUUGAUAAGAUAGCUCAUAUACAUAGAUUGAUUGUAUGUCAAUAAGGUGACGCUAGGCACUGGUGUGUCUGUACAUUUAGGUGACUCUGACAGGAAAUGGUAAAGUAGUGGUGGUGGGGUGAGUGAGUGGGUGGAGGUGUUGAUCAGUCGUACUGCUUGGGGAAAGUAACUGUUUUUGAGUCUGGUUACAUUUCCUGCUCCCUAAUGGGAGUGGGACAAGCAGUCCAUGAGCAGAGUGGGUGGGAUCUUUUAUGAUAUUGCUGGCCCUUUCUCGGCACCUUUCUCCUGAAGUCGAAAACCAUCAUGCUUGUCUUGUUGACAAUGAGGAAGAGAUUAUUUUCCUGGCACCAGGCCUUGAGCUCUUCCAUUUCCUCUCUGUGGGCCAUCUCAUUGAUUUUGGUGAUAAGCACCGCCACUGUCAGGUCAUCAGCGAACUGGACAAUGUGAUUACUGGUGUGUUUGGCCGUGCUGUCACGUGUGAGCAGAGUGUACAGCAGUGCUCUCAGCACACAGCCCUGGGGACACCGUGUGGAGGGUGAUGGGGAGGGAGGGGCAGUUGUGCAUCCUGACUAUCUGAGCUCUGUUGUUUAGGAAGUCUAACACCCAGUUGUACAGUGGUGUAUUUAGACCAAAGAAUAGGAGUUUGUUCACCACGGUCUGUGGAACAGUAGUGUUGAAUGCCAAACUGAAAUCCAGAAAUUGCAUUCUGACACAAAUGUCCUGAUUUUCCAGGGGCGUCAGGGUCAGGUGCGUGACUGAUGCUCUGGCAUCUGUCGUAGAGCAGUUCUGUCAGUAAGCAAAUUGACGAGUGGCCAAUGUGGCAGGAAUGGAGUUUUUGAUGUGUAUUAUUACCAGCCAUUCAACGCACAUCAAUAUAUGAGUGGAGGUAGUCGUUUAGUUCUGAACAUGUGGAGUUCUUUGGUGGAGACUUCAUACUUCUGAAUAACUUAACCACUCCGUCCUGCAGUGUCCCUUGUACUCAGAAACAUUAUCAGAAAUAUUUUGCUUGCAAUCAACCACUUUCCUCCAAUCAGUUUGUCUUGGGACCAGUUCUUCCAACUUCUUAAUAGCAUUCCAACUAUCUUGUAUAUUUGUUUAUUAUCUCCCGCAUGUGGUUUCAGCUCCUUGAAUCAAUUGUCUGAAUAGGUGAGGAGACAAUAUAGCCGUGAAAAUUUGGAUGCCAUCAUAUGGGUGCAGUUUGUGUAUGUUCUUAAUACAUUGAAGCUCAGCCCAGACUUUUAAACUUCCAUUUUCCAAUGUGGGAUUUCUUUGGACAAUGCAUCAAUCUAUUCUGCUUCAGAUAGUUGAUGCAAAAACUGUCACCUUUCAUAGGUUCCAUUUUGAUCUGCCGUGUCUUCACUUCCUUGGUCUUUAUUGUAGCAAGCUGUGGCAAAGCUGUCCAUCUUAUUGUUUCAUCAAUGUCAUCCUCAUUUGAGUUGUUAGAGGUUCCUGUCGAGUCCAUGUCAUGCCCAUCCUGUAACUUAGUGGUCACCAACCUUCUUAAGCCCAAGAUCCCCUACCUCGGCCUUAGUGAAAGGCGAGAUUGACCCUAAAUCAAUUAGUUACACGCAUGCGCACCUGGGCAGAAAAUACCGGAAGUAAAACUCUGCAACCCAGAAAUAGAAAUAAUGUAUAAACACUAGGGGUACCCACCCUUUUUUACACUGCGGACCGGUUUAAUAUUGACAAUAUUCUUGCGGACCAGAUGGGGGUGGGGGGGGGGGGAUGCUGUCAAACAUGACAGGAAUACAGUGAUACUUGAAGCAGGUUCCUUAUGUCCAGUCUAUUUUGCAAUUUAGUUUUUGUGGCUCUCUGGACUUAGCUUCUGUCCCGCGCUGCUCAUGUUUUUCCGCUGAGAAAGCUCAGUGGGUUUGUUUUUAAGUGUGGGGUGCUUGUAUUCAGGGUACCAAAGCAGUUUUGAGGGCUUCAUUGCCUCAUUAGACAGCUUCCUGCCUGCCCGCCCCCAGACGCCUUGGCCAGGUGCGGCUGGUCGCAGGUGGCGUGAGAGGACAAGGUCAGGGCCGGAGGUCCCCGUGCCGGAGCCGCGACGGUCCAGUCCAGAGAGAGUAACCAACCGAGUGAGGAGUGAGACAGGGCACACCUGCCCCCCUUAUAGGACCUAUCGGCUGACAGAAGUUUUUUUCAGUAGAUCGCAGCCAGGUGCUUAAAGCCUUCCAAACAGCAAAAUGACAGAGCACUUCGACUGCCACUACUGCAAGGAAUCCCUCUUUGGGAAGCAGUACAUCCUUCAAGAGGAGAAUCCCUUUUGUGUUAGGUGCUAUGAAAGUCUUUAUUGCAAUACCUGCGAGGAAUGCAAGAAACCAAUUGGUUGCGACAAUAAGGACUUGUCCUACAAGGACCAUCACUGGCAUGAAGCCUGUUUCAAUUGCUUCCAGUGCAAGCAGUCACUAGUGGAUAAGCCAUUUGCUGCCAAGGAUGAGCAGUUGUUCUGUACAGAGUGUUACACAAAUGAGUAUUCCUCCAAGUGUCAGGAAUGCAAGAAAGCAAUAAUUCCAGGCACUCGCAAGAUGGAACAUAAAGGAAACAGCUGGCAUGAGACCUGUUUCAUCUGUCAUCAUUGUCAACAGCCAAUGGGCACAAAAAGCUUCAUUCACAAGGAUGAUAAGAACUAUUGUGUGCCAUGUUAUGAAAAACAAUUUGCCAUGCACUGUGUGCAAUGCAAGAAGGCGAUUACCACAGGAGGGGUCACUUACCGUGAUCAGCCUUGGCACAAAGAGUGUUUUCUGUGUACAGAGUGUAAGAAACCAUUGAGUGGACAGCAAUUUACCUCACGAGAUGAAUGUGCCUACUGCCUGGAUUGCUUCAGUCAUCUCUAUGCCAAAAAGUGUGCUGGCUGUACUAAUCCAAUUGUGGGUCUAGGGGGAAGCAAGUACAUCUCAUUUGAGGAACGUCAGUGGCAUAAUGAUUGUUUCAACUGUAAGAAAUGCUCCAUAUCCCUGGUGGGCCGUGGCUUCCUCACAGAACGAGAUGACAUCCUUUGCCCUGAAUGUGGGAAAGAUCUGUAAGAGGAAAUAGAUCAGGAAACAAUCUCAUAGCAACCUUGACUGCAGCUGCAUUAAAACAAAAUAACCAGGCUCUCACUUGCUAUGGUGCUAAUUGCCCACAAUGGUAUGAAACGCGAUUGAGCUUGAUAAUUGAGACAAAUUGUUCAAAUCAGUUUAUGAAAUGUUUGUGAAUUCAAAGAAAGUUUGUAUGAGUACACCAGGACAAGUGAAAAACUAUUAUUUUAAUUUUAUUGGAAGGCACUGAUGAAAUAAACAAUAUGAAAUAUUUCUGUACUUUAAUGACCAAAAUGUAAUGGUGCAUGUUGCCUCAGCAAAGGACAAAAAUUCUGGUACAAGAACACUGAAAGAUUUUUCUUUUUAUCAUAGAAGUGGCACAGGUUUAAACAUGCAACAGGUUGUGAACUGAACAGAGCUGGAAAGUAGUCAUUGCAGGAUCUUAAAACUAGAUAAUUUGCCCUGCUGUCUGCAUCAAUUAUGGCAUAACAUGUUUGAAAGUAAAACUUAUAUUUUACUGCAUGAUUACAUAGUAAAUAAUGAUCGUAGGUUCAUCUGUAUUUCAUUAUCUUUUUCAGGCAUUAAAUAUUUGUAGUAUUAAGUGCAUUAAUAAAUUGAAAAA